UUUUUGAUUACAGAAAAGAGAAUUCUUUCUUAACUUGUUAUAUAUUAUAGUUAUUCUUGAAAAAACUAGCUAAACUCUACAAUGGCUAAUGGUACUUUACAACUUAUCGGCGUAUUGAUAGCAUGCGCUGGAGGAUUAUGUACAAUGGUGUCAACAUUUCUGCCGGACUGGAGAAAAAACGAUCCAUCAGGAGAAGUAUUGGAGUCUAUCAUAAGACAUCAAGGUAUAUGGAUCCGAUGUAUUUCGUACCCAACUGGUACAUGGCAGUGUGAUGACUAUGACACAUUCUUUAUUGGAUUACCACAAUCCUUGCAGAUCGCCAGAGGAAUGUCAAUUUGUGCAAACUUGUUCGGAUUUAUAGGAUUUCUUGCAGCAAUUUUCGGACUACAGUGUACAACAUGUAUUGAAGGGAACCAACUGGUGAAGAAUCGGGUUGCUAUGGCAUCUGGUGGAUUUUUUCUUCUCUCCGGCGUCUGCAUUGGAGUAGCUGCUUCAGCAUUUUCACAUCAGAUUCUGAAUGAAUACAUGCGAUUUUCAAACAUCGCUUCAGCAGAUAUUGUGGGUCAAAGAUUCGUAUUCGGUGCUGCGCUUUUCAUCGGUUGGACCGGCAUGGCAGUGACUUUACUUGGAGGCUUGAUCAUCAUGUGCGGAAGCUGUGGAGAGUCUAGCCCGGUCACAAGGUACCAGAGACAAAGUGUGAGAAGAGUAGCAAGCUUGGGAAGAAGUGUCUCAAUGUCGUUUCGACGUGGAAGGCCGGAAAGAAAGCAGGAUCCUGGGGAAUAUGUUUAAACUCCGAUAUAAACUUGUUUCCAUUUAAAAUAGAAUAAUGGAACUUACGAUUGAAAAAGCAAAGUUGCCCCAGAUACGGAAGAAGUAGAAUGUAUAAUUUCAUCAUUCAUCCACUGGAUCUUUUCUAAUUAUGUUCACUGCGAUGUUUUAUAGCUUUUAGUAAAAUCGAGCUUUAUUAAAGUUGGUUCAGCUCAGAGUUCCCAUAAAUUUUAUUGAUUUUUUCAACUUGUAAGCUCUAGGUGAUGUAGAACUUUUACUCAUAUUACAUGGUUAUGCUUUCUCAA